AUGUCGCGUGGCCGACCAUCGAUGAUGCUUGAUGAGUGUGUCGAAGAGGGCAGCCCUACCAACGCCCGAAAGGAGUUUGAGGCUAUGGUGCAAGCUCAAACCAAGGACGAGGCUGAAGAGCUACGGAAAUUAUAUGCUGCAAGUUGGCGUCAAAGCGAUGUUGCGCUUGGCCUCAAGCAGCCUAGGCCCGGCAUCAUUGCCAACGCGAAUGCCGCUCUUGAAGCCCUUCGAGCGGAUGCUGUUAGUGAUGGUAGCGAGCGCGGAGAAUCCCAAGCUGAACAGGACGAUUGGACAAACCAGGUAUGGAUCUGGUUCAAGUCCCUGGCCAUUUCCGCUUGCUGUGUACGCAAGUAG